AUGCCUGAUCGACCUUAUGCAGAAAUCGAAUUGGAGGAGCAGCAGACCAUAAAGGACCGACAAGAGACGCUAGCAGAAUUAUUCGAGCAGAUGCGACUAGAGGAUGCAUUGCAUAUGAUGCGCGUCUGCGAUUCGAUUCAGCUAUCUACGGAGCUGUCGCUAUGCUUUUCAUUGGUGCCACAAGCGCUCUCAAUCUUUUUGCAGUGCGUCGACCUGUACUGUCAGCUUCCGGAUAAAAAUAUGGCCUAUGUCUCGCUGUGGAUUGAGACUGCUGUGGCUUGUAUAGAGCAUUACGAAGAACUACAGAUAUCCCUGGCUGACAGUCAGCGGGCGGGCUCCUUGCUCUUAGCCUUCAAAAGCUUUCGCAUGUCCAUCGUGGCCCAGUUUGCGCUCGCUUACCGCGUGAAAGAAGAGACACUAAGUGUGUUUUGCUCGCAACUGAUUGAGAUUCGUGUGGGGCUUGCUGCGCGGUUAAUGGAGUGUUUAAAGAAGAAAGACCUGCUGCCGACGGACGUGGUACUUGAGGCUUGCAUCAAGCAGAAGGACUUUAGCGCAGGCGAUAUGUUUGUUAAGAAUCAUAGAGGGAACCAACAAAAGUUUGUGCAGAUGCUCAUCGAUGGUUCUGUGCCGGACAAAGUUAUCAAAAAGAGACUGUCGCUGUUCAAAUUACCUGCCGAUGCCUUCCCAGUUUACUUUGAACGUCGGCAGAAAGCGUUCCUGAGCUUUUUAAUUCAUUCAAAGGAAUAUGAACAGGCGCUGCAAUUUGCUGAACACUCCGAGAUUUUGAAGCUGCACGCUUGUAACAAGGUGAUUCGUAUUGCCGGCGUAGAAGACGCUGCUACUCAGCAAUUCAUUUUCCGAUCUGGGCUCAAAGAUAUAUUUCCUGAAGUUGAUACAAGUGCAGAGGAUGGCAAAGCUUUUGAAAAUCAAGACGAUCUGGAUCCUAAUGGGAUGUUUCUAUCGCUCGUUGAAGUCAUCAGUGAAGCAAGUAUUGUCUUUGUUGAUACUCCAAUAGCACUGCAGGCAUGUGUAGAGCACUUGAUCAAGCAACCGGCUGUUGGCUUUGACUCAGAGUGGAAGGCGGUGUACAUCUCAGAUACUAAAGACAAUGCUGUUGCAAGAUGUGCACUUCUUCAGUUAGCGUCUUGUGAGAAGGUGUUUGUCGUGGAUGUGAUGGCACUGCAUGAGCAUGGAAGUAUCUUGGCCCCGCUUUUUUUAUCAAAAUCCGUCAUAAAGCUAGCCUUUGAUGCGAAAAGUGAUGUGAAACAUCUUCGCUCGUUUCUCACAGGAGGUGACACCUCCUCCAAACUGAUCUCGAUGCUUGUCGACUUGCAAGUUGUCGCAAAAAAGCUGGCUGUUUUAAGUGAAGCUAUCGAUUAUGUCGAUAAAAAUGUUGGUGUUAGUAUCAUGGCAGCAGAUAGCGUGGCACUAGCAACAGAAAAAAGACCAAAAAAGCGUCAGUAUAAGGUCACAGAAAAUGAUGCUGGGGUCAAGUCCUGUUGCUUAAGCUUGGCAGCAAUUGCAAAGUUUUACCUAGGUCGACCUUUAGAUAAGCGUGCUCGUAUGUCAAAUUGGGAGCGACGUCCACUUUCCCAAGCUCAGCUCCACUAUGCCGCGUUGGACGCACAUGUGCUACUUCAAAUUUACUCUAAAAUGCAGGAGAAGCAUUCGGCAGAUGUAUUCGACUCGGUUCUAAGUCGAUGCACUCAAAAGUGUGUCAGGUAA